GAGGUCGGCACCGCCGAGGACUUCGACCGCAAUGGGCUGCGCCUCGGCCGCUGGGCCGCGGGCUCUUCGGCUGCUUGAGCGGCUGCGUCCCCAACGGUCUCACCUAAGGAUUCUACCGUUGAUACACUACUCUCCCCCCCUCUCAUUCUUGGAUGUAUGCUGCAGGCUUCAUGGCCUUUGUGUGCCCCGGCGUCUCCGUGGCUCAGACCACCGCUCAGCUGGGGCUCGUGCGCUUCAAACUGGUGCUGCAAGUCUACGUGGCGCUAUGUCUGCUGCUGCUGUUGACGGUCGCAGUGGACAGCGCAGUGCUCAACUUGCUCUGCGUGGUGGCGGCUGUCGCUGCAGCGUCUGCAGUCGCCCGACUGAGGAUGAAGAUGCGCGUGCUGUUCGACAUCCCGGGGAACGCUGUGCUGGAUGUGGCCACCACAUUCGUGUGCACUCCCUGUGCGGUCGCGCAGAUGGCCAGUCACGCACAGGCCUACCAGCCAGGAACGUGCUCGUUCCGCGCGCGAUCGACGCUGGAGGGAUACGUGCGGCAGUGAAGUGAGGUCUGAAGCUCGACUGUAUGGAUACUUUUUUCUUUUGUUGUACCGCGCGGUGUGUGGGCUCGCAGAACUUCGGUUUGGGGUAGAAGCCGCUAUCAGAAUCUGAAUAUACGUACAAGAAUUGGGAUUUACCAAGCUGGCGUUUGUUCAUGAUAGCAAGCUGCAUGCAUUUUCUUAGAUCCCGUUUCGCGCUUAAGUGACAGUUGAGUUUGGUCCGCGUUCAUGGUAGGGCAAAGCUAUGCUUGGGUAUCGAACGUCUGAGCAUGCGUUGAGACCACUGGCGCCCUUCUGCCUUUCUUACAACGAUUUCAGCUUCCGCACUCGUCUGCUUCGAAUACUAGAGUACUUCGUAUCAAAGUAGUAGAAGAUAUACAAGUACGCGUUGGUAGGGGACGUCAUACAGACUGUGGCUCUUGCUUGACCUACGCCGCGUUUUGGGUCAACUAAAAGCCUUAAUUCCAAGCUGUUAGUAGCAGUUUUUGUAGGUUGUAUCGUGUUGUAGAAAAAUGUUGUGCUCGGACGCCAAUGUAUGCCGGCUAAAACAUUUCGUGUAUAUAUUGUCGAUUGAGGAAGAAUCCUAAUAAAGUUGUCCAGAUAAAUUCGAGUGAAGGCGUAUGCCUGUGCCGUCUCCGCUAUAGCUUGAUACAUCGGUAGGCGCAGCUCUUUUGAAGUAGUUACGGAGGUCCUCGAUUACUUUACUCGAUGAAGCGACUGCAGAUUGCCGUUUGUGUUGUUCCUCCUCAGCAGCUCGUCUCUUUUCCUUUUCAUGAAUCGCAAGAGACCUCCACAAAGAGUGUGUCCACCUCGCGUC